UGUGAUUCCAACAUAAAAGGGUAAAAAACUGAUAAAGGUGCAAUCUUUGUGUUCCAACCACUUGCCAUUCAACUCGCCCUCGUGUAGAUACUGCUGUUCAUAUAUAAAUAUCACAAUAAUCUCCUCUCUCCCAUCACUCACGAUCAUAUCCCGUCACUUCUCCUCGAUUUGUGUUCCCUUCUCUUCUUCCGCCGGAAAAAAUGGAGUCCGAGAUCGCCGCCGACUACUCUCCCAUGCUCCGCAUCUACAAAGACGGCCGGAUCGAGCGUCUCGUCGGCGAGGACAAGGUCCCUCCUUCUCUAGACCCACAAAACGGUGUCGUCUCCAAGGACGUCGUCUACUCGCCGGAAAAUAACAUCUCCCUCCGCCUCUUCCUCCCCGCAAAAGCCGCCGAUUCCGCCGGAAAAAAACUACCCCUUCUCGUCUACUUCCACGGCGGAGGCUUCAUCAUCGAGACCGCCUUCUCCCCGACUUACCACACCUUUCUCAUGGCGCCCGUCUCCGCCGCCGACUGCCUCGCGGUGUCGGUGGAUUAUAGGCGUGCUCCGGAGCACCCGAUUCCGACCGCGUACGAGGAUUCAUGGUCCGCUCUCAAAUGGGUCUUCUCCCAUUUCGACGGAUCUGGCCCAGAAGAUUGGCUAAACAAACACGCCGAUUUCGGGAACGUCAUCCUCGCGGGAGACAGCGCCGGAGGAAACAUCGCGCAUCACAUGACGAUGAGAGCCGGGGAAGAGAAAUUGACCCACGAUGGCAGAUCGGGAAUUUCGGGGAUAAUUUUGGUGCAUCCUUAUUUCUGGGGGAAAUCUCCGAUCGACGAGCAAGAGACGAAGGACGAGACUGUGAGGUCACAUGUCGCAGGGAUUUGGACGGUGGCGAGCCCGAACAGCAAGGACGGAGCGGACGAUCCGUGGAUCAACGUGGUGGGGUCCGGGCGGGAUCUGUCCCGGUUGGGAAGCGGUCGGGCUCUGGUGAUGGUCGCCGGAAAAGACGCGUUGGUGCGGCAAGGAUGGGCAUACGCGGGGAAGCUGGAGAAGAGCGAGUUGCUUAUCAAUAGUACAUAA